AUGGUCGUCGCUGAUAACGCCGAGCAAUGGAAGGAGCUUGAGCCAAAGAGAGGCUUUAACUUCGAAAACUAUGAGAGAAAUCUCAACCUUAUUAAAGAAAAGAAAGUUCCCACACCAAAGUUGCACAAGACGGGAACAACUCUUGCUGGAUGCGUGUUCGAGGGUGGUGUUGUGAUGGGUGCCGAUACCCGGGCGACAUCCGGCGACACAAUUGCUGAGAAACGCUGCUUCAAAAUUCAUCGAAUUACAGAUAAUAUCUAUUGCUGUGGAUCUGGCACUUCUGCUGACUGUGAUCAAGUGACAACAAUGACCUCGACAAAGAUGGAGCUCCACAAAUUAAACACUGGUCGAACUCCUCGUGUUGGCACCGCUUGCAGACAGCUUGCUCAGCAUCUUUUCUAUUACCAAGGACAUGUCUCUGCUGGUCUCAUUCUUGGAGGUAUCGAUCCUGCUGGCGCCCAUGUUAUCCAGAUCCAUCCUUAUGGAUCUACUGCGAAACUUCCCUACACAACUAUGGGUUCUGGUUCUCUUGCUGCCAUGUCUGUUCUUGAGGAUGGCUGGAGACCCGGCAUGAAUGAAGAACAGGCUAAAAAGCUUGUCCGGGAUGCUAUCGCAUCUGGUAUUCUUUCUGAUGGAUACUCUGGCUCUCAGGUUGACUUAGUCGUCAUCACAAAAGACAAAACUGACUACCUCCGUGAAUACGACGUCGUUUGUGACAAGGGCGUCCGACUUGGAAAAUACUCAUUCAAGCCCGGUACCACUCCUGUUCUGAGUGAGAAGAUGACCGCUGUUGUUGUCGACGAAACCAUUGAAACUAUGGACACCGCCUGA